UCCUACCCGACCUGGUUUCUGUUCACCCGCCGAAAACCUUCCUAGUUUGCUAUACGGUGCAGUUCUUCUACAGUUGCUACGGUAGGUUUUCGAUUUCCUCCGAAAAUGCGCCUCCGUAAACCUUUACAUCGACCUUUCCACACCCUAAAUCUCCUACCCGAAUCGGUGAAUUCAGCAUAUACGCCGCCGCCGCCGCUUUUCUCGUCUCCGCCGGACACCCUGCUCGUCGACAAGGCCGUAUCAAUCCUCAAACACCACCACCCCUCUCAACUCGACCCCUUAGUAUCUCAGUUUACCCCUCAAACCGCCUCCUAUUUACUCCUCCAAUCCCAAAAUAACCGGAAUCUAACCUUAAAGUUUCUGAAUUGGGCUCGCAAGUUGCCCUUCUUUAGUAAUCAUCUACAAUGCCACUGUCUCUGUAUUCACAUUCUCACUCGCUUCAAGCUGUAUAAAACCGCCCAAUCCCUGGCGGAGGACGUUGCUUUAAGUUUUCCCGAUGAUGAGAAGGGCGAUGUAGUGUUUUCAUGCCUUAGAGACACGUACCAGGCUUGCAACUCGAGCUCCGCGGUGUUUGAUUUGAUGGUAAAAGCUUUCUGUAGUUUGAAAUUGAUAGAUAGAGCUUCAAACAUUAUGAAUUUCGCUAAACAUCAUGGGUUCAUGCCUAGUGUAUUGUCGUAUAAUUCUGUUCUAGAAGCGAUAAUUCGAAGUUCGGUUCGUGGGUAUGUGGAGUCAGCGAGAAAUGUGUAUCAUGACAUGAUAGAUAAUGGUAUUUCACCUAAUGUUUUUACUUACAACAUAUUGAUUAGAGGGUUGUGUGCAAAUAAGGAAAUGGAUAAAGGAUUAUGUUUCUUAGAGGAGAUGGAGAAAAAGGGUUGUUUACCUAAUGUGGUUACAUAUAAUACUUUGAUAGAUGGCUGCUGUAAGAUGGGGAACAUCAACAAGGCGUGUGCGUUAUUGAAAUUGAUGUGGGAGAAGAAUUUGGAGCCAAAUGUGAUUACAUACAAUGUCAUAAUCAAUGGUUUGUGUCGAGAAGGGAGGAUGAAGGAGACAAACAAAGUUUUUAAGCAGAUGAAGGCAAAGGGUAUCAUUCCAGAUGAAAUUACAUACAAUACACUUGUGAAUGGGUACUGUAAAGAGGGAAAUUUUCACCAAGCUCUUGUUUUACAUGCAGAGAUGGUGUGGAAUGGGUUGUCUCCGAAUGUGGUGACUUAUACUUCUUUGAUAAAUUGUAUGUGUAAAGCAAGGAAUUUGCAUCGAGCCAUGGAGUUCUUUGACCAGAUGCAGAUCAGGGGACUGACCCCAAACGAGAAAACAUAUACAACUGUGAUUGAUGGUUUCUCUCAGCAGGGUCUCAUGGAUGAAGCGUACAAACUUUUAAGUGAAAUGAUUAGUAGGGGUUUCUCACCUUCCAUUGUGACUUACAAUGCAUUAAUCUAUGGGCAUUGUGUGUCAGGUAGGAUUGAUAUUGGUUUAGAAGUGGUUCGAAGUAUGACUGCGAAAGGAGUACAGCCAGACGUUGUAAGUUACAGCACAAUCAUAUCUGGGUUCUGUAGAAAUUUUGACUUAGAUAAGGCAUUCCGAAUGAAAGAGGAGAUGAUUGAGAAUGGAAUUCUUCCUGAUGCCAUUACUUAUUCAUCAUUGAUUGAAGGUCUUUGCAAACAGAGGAGACUGACUGAAGCUUGUAAAUUAUUUAAGGAAAUGUGGAAACUGGAUCUGCAGCCUGAUAAGUGUACAUACACCACACUUAUUAACGCUUAUUGUGCAGAAGAUGAUAUCAGAAGUGCAAUUCAUCUCCAUGAUGAAAUGAUUAAUAAGGGUUUCUUUCCUGAUGUUGUUACCUAUAGUGUGUUAAUAAAUGGGCUCAACAAGCAGGCUCGAAGUAGGGAAGCAAAGCGGCUUCUUUUCAAAUUGUUUUAUGAGCAACCUGUUCCUCAUGAUGUCACAUAUGAUUUGCUGAUAGAAAGUUGUAACAUUGAAUUUCAGAGUGUGGUAGCUCUUAUAAAAGGAUUCUGCAUGAAAGGUUUGAUGAAUGAAGCCGAUCGAGUUUUCAAGGGAAUGCUUCAGAAAAAUCACAAGCCUAGUGAAGCAGUUUAUAAUGUUCUCAUACACGGUCACUGUAGAGCAGGAAAUUUGCACAAAGCCAUCGAUCUUUACAGGGAAAUGGUCCAUCAUGGACUUGUUCCUCACGGAGUAACCGUUAUUGCUAUAACUAAAGAACUCCACAAAGUGGGGAUGACAGAGGAGCUGAGUCAAAUUUUACAAGAUACAUUGAGAAGCUGUAAAAUCAUUGAUGGUGACCCUGCCAAAGUCCUUCUGGAGGUCAACUAUAAAGAAGGAAACAUGGAUGCUGUAUUUAACAUUCUAGCAGACAUGGCCAAGGAUGGCCUUCUUCCAAAUGAUGUAAGAACUGCUUAGGCAUGUGAAUAAAUUAUUUGAUCAAAAGAGUUGAUAUCACGUGGAAUCAGAAAGUGGGAAUGACAUCUCAUCUGGAUGGAAAGCAUGUUGUUUUGGGAAGGUAAUCAAAGGCAUGGGAGUUGUUCGUUCCAUUGAGCAUGUCACUACUGGUGAAAAUGAUCGUCCUAGAGUUGAUGUUGUUAUCGCCGACUGUGGAGAAAUUCCAGAAGGAGCUGAUGAUGGAAUUGCAAACUUCUUCAAAG